CAAUCACGGUCAGUAAGGUCUUAUUCCAAAAAACAUCUAGCCCAAUCACGGUCAGUACCGCCUUGUUCCAAAAAACAUCUCGCCCAAUCACGAUCAGUAAGGUCUUAUUCUAAGAAAAUUUUUCUAUCCACUGUACUACUUUCGGUUUUAACAUUGCUUCAUUGCACAAUUAAUUGUUUUAUUAUCAUAUUAUUUCAUUUUUAUCAUAUUAAGAUUUAUUGUUGUCAAAUAACCCAUGCUUAAUUUUCAAGAAUGACCUAUUUCAUCCUAGGAGUAGCUUACAAUUUCUAAAAGUUUUAUCUAUUUUUUAUGAACUCCUUUUUGCAAAGAGAAAAGCUACUUUUAUCAACUUAUAUUUUGUCACAUUAUCAGUGGGGGCAAAAACAUGAUAAGAUCUACCAGUAGAAAUGAGAAAUUAUCUUUCAAAAUACUAGUUUAAAAAAUCUUAAUUAUAUUUUACAAGACAACUUGAAUGACAAAUGAUGAUUACUUUGAAUUACUCUAUAACUAUUGUUGAUUAAAAUCAAGAUUCAUGCAACUUCUAUACUUUUUGUGCUACAAAGUAGGCAAUAACGCGUUAUAUGUGUCCCUUUGUACACACCUUACUUGUUCUCUACCGUGCUGGUUUAUUUUAUUGAUUUCCUUUCCAUUAUUGUUUAUUUUAUUAAACUUCCUUUUAUAUUGACUUACAAGUUGUACUCUAGUAUGGACUUGUGCUGUUGUUGUUGUUUCAUUGUUGUUGUUGAUCACUAUUCCAUCCAAUUAUUACAAAAUGGAGUUCCAAGGGGAAGAAGCUGCAAGGGCUGCUACCAAAAGCUCCCAGAAUGAAAGCAUCAGCAAACGAUUUUAUCAUCGAAAGCAACAAACAUCCCGUGAAAGGAUGCAGUCCUUAAUUUUUGCAGGCCAUUGGCAAGUAUCGAAAAAGGAUGUUCGUACUAGAAACGCGUUCAUGUUCAAUAACCCCUUGAUGAGCGAUGUGCGUCUAAUUUCUGGAAAAGGUCCUGACCAAACUGAAAUUCCUGUCCAUAAAUACGUCCUUGCCAUUUCAUCGCCAGUUUUUUAUGCAAUGUUUUAUGGCUCUUUGUCAAACACGGAUUGCAAAGAAGUAAACAUCGAAGAUUCUGAUACAGAUUCACUUUUGGAAAUGCUGAGGUAUUUCUAUUGUGAUGAAACGCAACUUACAACAGAAAAUGUAUUCGGAACAUUGUAUCUUGCAAAAAAAUAUGUUGUGCCCUCACUAGAAGACCUUUGUGUAGUAUUCCUUGAACAGAAUCUAGAUGCAGAUAACGCACUUGAUAUUGUACCACAAGCAAUUCUUCUGAAUGAAGAACAAUUGCAAGAAAGAUGUCUAGAUAUCAUCGAUUGUAGAACAACUCAAGUUCUUGACUCCUGCAGUUUUACUGACAUUUCCAGAGAUCUACUGAAGUCUGUUCUUGGAAGGGAUACUCUCUGGGCAGAAGAAAUUGACAUUUUUAAAGCUGUCUUAAGAUGGGCAGAGAAAGAGUGCCAGAGGUGUGACCUUGAAUGCACUCCAGGUAACCUCAGAUCAGUUGUUGGAGACUGCCUCAAUUUGAUACGAUUUCCAACAAUGACUGAUCGAGAAUUUGCUGAUCAUGUUGCCAGGUCUGGUCUUCUAAGUGCAGAAGAGGCACUCAAUGUAUUUUUAUACUUCACUUCAACAAAUAAACCAGUUUUGAAAUUCCCAACCAUAUCUAGGAUAGGACCAGCAAUGCACCAUGUGCGGAGGUUUCCAGCAGCUGAAGAUGGAAUGCGCUUUGGGUAUUAUGGGACAGAGGAAGGCAUUAAGUUUCAGACUGACCGAGAUAUAAGUAUUGAUGGCCUAGGUCUGUAUGGAGCUGUUGAAGGAAACAGUGAAGGAAGGUAUGAAAUAAUCACGCAAAUAAUUAGAGACAAUCAAAUCCUAAAACACAUGAGAUACACAUCAACAUCAGCAUCAGAAGAAAAUAUUUACAAAAUAAUGUUUGAUGAGCCAGUACCUGUUAUGAGGUGUGUUUGGCAUAGUGUUGUUGUCAGAUUGCAGGGACCGAGAUCUUGGAAGGGCAUUGAAGGUUUUAAGAUUGUUUUAUGCCAUGGUGUCACCUUUCAGUUUGGUGAUUACACUGUGAACUCAAUAACAUCAGAAUCACAAGGACAAAUACCAGACAUAAUUUUUAGGCUUAUAUAACUUUAGCUUAAUAUGACAAAAGCAAAUGUCUUCCUUUAAGUGACAAACAUUUAAUUCUUAUGAUGUAUGUGCUACUUCUUAGCAGAAGCAAAUAUGUUACCUCA